AUGGCUAAAGUGCGCGAGCUGGGCGCGCACCUCACCAAGCUGCAGGUGCUGUGGCUCGGGCGAUGUGGUCUCCAAGAUCUGGAUGGCCUUCCCCUUUUGGAGGGCCUGCGUGAGCUGUACCUGCCCUUCAAUGACGUGGUUGACGUCACAUGGCCGAAGUGGUUGGACCACUUGCAGGUCUUGGACUUGGAGGGCAACGCUGUUGCAGAGCCGGAAGACUUGGCCGAGCUGACCAAGUGCUUCGGACUUCGAGAUCUUACAGUACGUGGCAACCCUGCCACUUUUCUGCCGGGCUUCUCACGGCGCGCCUUCUUCCAGCAGAUGCCGCAGUUAGAGUCCCUGGAUGAUCUUCCGAACUUUUCCGACCUUCCCGUGCCAGCUGAUCCGCCCAUGCCAGCUGAUCCUUCCCUGGAUGACGUGGAGUGCUCCAGCGACUGGGAAGGGCGCUUUCUGGACAGCUACCUGGGCUGCGACCUGGACCUGUACAUGGACCUCUACCUAUGCCACGAAGACUCUGGAGAGCGCGAGGAGGGCUCGUGGCGCCAGCUUCUGCACCCAGUGGCGAUCCGCCCGCGCCUUGCCGACACGGAGCGCUUUUCCGAGGAGCCCAGCGAGGAGGCGCUGAUCCUCGAGCGUUUGAAAGCUGCCCCGCGAGGAGCUGCGUUGCCCCAACCUUCCUUGUCCAUCGCACCCCCGCCCUGCUCGGAACAGGUCACUUCGUCUGCUGAGGGCUUCCUCCUCAGGCCACCAGCGCGGGUGGCCGAAGGAGGGAGUGUCCUCACGCGCGGUGGGGCCAUGGCCGGCGCUCCCCUGGCAGCGCUGCGGCAGCGGCGAGGCCUCCACGGCGGCUCUGAGGCAUCCGAGGCCGCCCUCUUGGCGGACUUGGACAUCCGAGAGCUCCUACGACGCUACAGCUGA